GGCUCGAGAUUCCUGGGCCACACGAACUGCGUGGCCCGAGAGAUUUGUUUCCGCCGGUGAAUCAGUGGGUUGGGUGACGCGACCAUGACGGAGAAAGAAAUGGAUUUGUCAGGUGAGAAGCUCUCGGUGGGCGACUUUAGCCUGGGCAAGACGCUGGGCACGGGAGCCUUUGGACGAGUGAGGUUUGUCACGCACAAGGCCAGCGGAAGGCACUACGCGCUGAAGACCUUGAAAAAGGCGGCUAUCAUCAAGAUGAAGCAGGUUGACCAUAUCAUGAGCGAAAAGCAGAUUCUGGCCAAGUUGCAACACCCAUUCAUCGUGAACAUGUUUGGCUCCUUCCAUGACCCACGCUAUAUCUACAUGGUCUUGGAGUACAUCGUCGGCGGGGAAUUCUUCACUCACCUCCGAAAGGCUGGCCGUUUUGAGAAUGAGCAGUCCCUGUUCUACGCGGCGCAGAUCACUUGUAUCUUUGAGUACUGCCAUGAGCUGAACAUUGUCUACCGUGAUCUGAAGCCGGAGAACAUUUUGAUCAAUGCCGAUGGCUACGUGAAGUUGACGGACUUCGGCUUCGCCAAGGUCAUCGAACACCGCACCUACACGCUUUGCGGCACGCCAGAGUACAUCGCGCCAGAGGUCUUGCUGAACAAGGGCCAUGGAAAGCCAGUGGAUUGGUGGACCCUCGGCAUCCUCAUCUACGAGAUGAUUGUCGGCUAUCCCCCUUUCGUCGAUGAAGACCCCAUGGGCAUCUACCAGAAGAUCUUGGCAGGAAAGAUCACGUUUCCAAAGAUCUUUCACAAGGAGGCUAAGAGCUUGGUGAAGAAGUUGCUGACCCCGGACUUGGGCAAGCGCUUCGGGAACUUGAAGAACGGCGCCGCGGACAUCAAGGAGCACAAGUGGUUCAAGGAUCUCAGCUGGGAUGAUUUGUUGGCCAAGAAGGUGGAGGCUCCCUUUAAGCCAUCCGUGAAGGGUGCCACAGACACCAGCAACUUCGAUGACUACCCAGACUCAGAUCAAGAGCCUCCCGCGGUGAACGCUUCGCAAGAUCCCUUCACCAACUGGUGAAGAAGUUCGGAAGUUCCUAUACGAACCUAUACGGCAUCAAGUGAGGUGAAUGCACUUUCGCACCCAAAGCGUGCGGAGGUUUGCCUUGGAAUCUACGCAUUCAGCAGCUGGUGUUUCCACUCACCCUUUGGGGCUGAGGAAUGCAGAGCCCAGCGACUGGGCGAUGAA